UUGGCUUGAGGACCUUCAGCGAGAGAGAGAGAGAAAGAGAUCUUCCAUGACUCAUGAUCCAUCCAAGCCCAUCUCUCUUGAGGCUGAACCUCAAUCAGUCUUCCUCAUUUUUUUAAGCCUCUUUAUCUCACCUGGAUUUCUGGGCAGCAGGAAACGAAGCCUUCCUUCAUCCCCUCCGUCUACAUUUCUCUAGAUCUCUUGAGGGUGCCAUGGAUUCCACCCUGUGCAAUGGAUGCGGCGUUCCUUAUCUCAGAGAAGAGCCCAGGGCAAAGAAGAUCAAGCUGCAGAUAAAGGAGGGCACAUGCGUGGCCGGGCGUGGGAAUAAGGCAGUGACUGAACUGCGGGAGCAAGCUGCAGAUUCCUUCCCAAGUGAUGGGCUGCUGGAGGAAAGGAGAAGAAAGAAAGAGCGAACUGGUGGUGGAAAAGUAGAGGCUGAAGGCCAUUCAACGCAAGAGGAGAAAAGAGAAAGCAGAGCCACCGAAAGUCCAGAGAAGAAGGAUUUCAGAGGAACAGAAGAAGAGAGGAACAAUGACAAGCAGUUGGAGGAGAAUAUUGGACCAGGGGAGGAAGAAGUUGUGGUGGACAGGAGAAGAUCUGAGCAGAACAUUGUGGUCAAGACGGAGAAGGAGUGGGAAGGCGAGAGAGAGGUGGACAGAGAACUGACUGGUGAGGAACUGCCUCACCUGGGAAAGGAGACGGAGGCGGAAGAAAGGAUAGAAGGUGAGUCUGGAGUUGGGGCACCAUUUGAGGUCAAGCUGGAAGGUGCCUCUGAAGAAGAAGGAGAAGAAGAAGAAGAAGCGACAGGAGGCCAAGGAGCCCUACAAGACAGAGGAGGAAAAAAGACCAAGAGAACCAGAAGCAAAAGAGGCGUUCAAAAUGUAGAAUUUCUCAGAGGAUCCCGGAAAAGGAAAAACGAGGAAGUGGACAAGACUUUGAAGAAGAAGAAAAAGAAGAAGGAGGAAGGAAAUUGUGGGAGAAGAUCCAAAGCCGAGGAGGACAAGUGGAGAUGGUGGGAGGAAGAGAAACGAGACGACAACGGCGUCAAAUGGCACCAGUUGCACCACAGGGGACCCUAUUUGGCACCACCUUACCAGCCUCUGCCCAGCUCCGUCAAGUUCUACUACAACGGCAGGCCUGUGAAGCUAAGCCGGGCCGCCGAGGAAGUGGCGACGUUUUUCGCCAAGAUGCUGGACCACGACUACGCACGCAAGAAGAUUUUCCGGGAUAACUUUUUCUGUGACUGGACGCAGGUGAUGACUCCGCAGGAAAGGAAGAAAAUCAAAGACCUUAAGAAAUGUGAUUUCAGCGACAUCCACGAUUACUUCCUGGAAAAGCAAGAAGCCCAGAAGGCGCUCUCUAAGGAGGAGAAACAGAGGUUGAAAGAGGAGGCCGACAGGAUCCAAGAGGAAUACGGCUACUGCGUCAUCGAUGGCCAUCGGGAGAAGAUCGGCAACUUCAAGACCGAGCCGCCAGGCCUAUUCCGGGGCCGAGGGGAUCACCCCAAAAUGGGGAUGCUGAAGAAGAGGAUCAUGCCGGAAGACAUCGUCAUCAAUUGUAGCCAGUGGGUCUCGAAUUGCGUAACGAGAGAUUCAAAGGUGCCCCGGCCUCCGCGAGGUCACAAGUGGAAAGAAGUCAGGUGCGACAAGACAGUCACCUGGUUGGCCUCGUGGACGGAGAACAUCCAGGGCUCCAUCAAGUACAUCAUGCUGAACCCGAGUUCCAGGCUGAAGGGCGAGAAAGACUGGCAGAAAUACGAGGUGGCUCGUUGCUUGAAGAAGGUGGUCCACCGGAUCCGCUGCCAGUACCGGGCAGACUGGAAGUGCAAGGAGCCGAAGAAGCGACAAAUCUCCGUCGCGCUCUAUUUCAUCGAUAAGGUGAGAAGGGGUUUAUCGCCGUCCAAAUGGCUGGGCUCCUUCCCUGCAUCUCUUCCCAAGGAUCCCGCAGAGAUUGGGUUGACUUUAAACCAAUAGAAGAGAAUCUUUGUAGUUCAGGUUUGAACUGUGGGGCCUUUGGUCAUGUCUGAGCUGGGUGGUUUUCUUGCAGACGUUUCAUGACCCAGCUAGGUAACA